AUGAGUACCGUAAGCUAUGUUAGUGAGGAGGAUCUGAUGAUCCUGCGCCGCCUCAAGUCAAACGAGCCCAGUUGGGUGAAGUAUUUGCGGUUAUUUUUUCGUUUUUGGACCCCUAAAACGACCACUACCAAACGCUAUAUUUAUAUCCAAGGCGGAAGUUAUCCAAGAAAUUACUUUUACAAUGGUCUAAAAAAUACAAAGUACAACAUAGUUACGUUUUUGCCGCUUAGCUUGUACCAGCAAUUCAAAAUUUUUAUGAACCUUUUCUACUUGUUAAUUAGCUUAAGUCAGCUUGUUCCGAGCCUGCGUAUCGGUCCAGCCUUCACCUACUUUGCGCCGCUAACUGCUGUAUUGUUCGUGUCAUUGACGAAGGAGGCUCUGGAAGAUUAUGAAAGGUAUCGAAGGGAUAAAGAAGCCAAUUCGCAAAAGUAUGAAGUACUAUCUAAGGAUGGGUUAGUGGAAAUGAGUGCGUCUAACCUUACUUCUGGGGAUAUUGUCAAACUAAAUUGUGGGCAAAGAGUACCCGCUGAUUUGAUAUUCUUGCGUACCAGUGAAGCAUCAGGAUGUUCAUACAUUCGCACGGAUCAAUUGGACGGAGAGACUGAUUGGAAAUUACGUAAGGCGGUGUGUUCAACGCAACAAUUGGCUUCUGCCCAAGAUAUGACAAAACUUGAAGCGGUGGUAUGCGCUGAACCGCCGAAUAAAGAUAUUUACAGAUUUAACGGCACUUUUACAUUGUAUGAUAAUUGCGUCCUCACAGAUACGCCUACUAUAAGUGCCAGGGAUAGGUUAUCUUGUGUUGUGGAACCUUUGUCUGUUGAUAAUACCUUGUGGAUGAAUACAAUUAUAGCUUCAGGGUCAAUAUAUGGGUUGGUUUUAUACACCGGGAGGGAAGUUCGUGCCUCACUCAAUUCGACAAAGCCCAGGUAUAAAGUUGGUAAAUUUGAUUCUAAUGUAAAUUUUAUGACCAAACUCUUAUUCUUGGUCUGUAUAUCUAUGGCGAUGACCUUAAUCAUUCCAAAUGGAUUUGUUGGUAUUUGGUAUUUGUGGGCCAUAAAAUUCAUACUGUUAUUCAGUUGCAUUAUACCCAUUUCACUGCGUGUAAAUUUGGACCUGGCAAAAUUUAUGUACUCUUUGGCCAUAACUCUAGACACAAAAAUCCCAGGUACUGUGGCCAGAACAAGUCUAAUUCAUGAGGAAUUGGGGCAUAUUUCUUAUUUGUUGUCAGAUAAAACUGGUACCCUGACCCAGAACGUGAUGAACCUGAUGAAAAUACACAUUGGCAGAGCCUUGUUCCACGACUAUCAAUCUAAUCAAAUAUCUGAUUUAAUAUAUCAGUUCAUUAACAGGUGCAAAAAAUCAAAGACAAAACCUGACGCUAAGGCCCAAGACUGGUCGCCAUUUGUACGCGCUAUACGUUCGACUGAUGUGGAAGCGAAGCUUACUCUGGCAUUAUUAUGCCUAGUUACGUGCCACAAUGUUAAAACAAGCCAUGGAGAUAACGGGGAGAUAACUUACCAAGCCAGCUCCCCAGAUGAGAUUGCGUUGGUGAAAUUUGCCAAAAGGUGCGGGGUGGAAUUAGUGGAACGAGGCGAAGAUCACAUGACUUUGGAAUUUCGAAACAAAUCACAUGUGUUUUUAGAAAUUAAAUUUGGUAUACUGUACAUAUUUCCAUUCAGCUCCAAUACCAAACGCAUGGGCAUUGUUAUACAGGAUAAUCUUUCUGGAAAUAAGUACUUCCUAUGUAAGGGCGCGGAGUCUGUUCUAAUGAAGCUUUUACAGCCUAGGGGAUCUGCAUGGGUGGGGGAGGAGUGUGAUAUAUUGGCCAGAGAGGGGCUUCGAACCUUGGUUUUUGGCUGCAAGUGCCUGAGUGAUGAAGAUAUUGCUGCAUUUGACAAGAAAUACAUUGAUGCAAGAGUGUCAAUUACAGAUCGGGAGGCAAAGACCCAAGCCGCCAUUUCCACGUUAGAGGAGAACUUAAUGGUAGUAGCGCUUACUGGAGUGGAAGAUAAGUUGCAACCUGAUGUCAAGCAAACCCUUGAAUCCAUUCGUAAUGCUGGAAUAAAGGUUUGGAUGUUGACAGGAGAUAAAGUCGAUACGGCCAAAUGCAUCGCUAUAUCGGUGGGCAUAAAGGACAAGUCCCAUUCAGUUGCUACUAUCACUGAUGAUAUGCACAAAACACCUGCAGAUAUCAAGCUGCAACUGGAAAAAUUGUCAAUGUCAGCCCCCUCUACUAUGGUGAUAAUUGACGGUGCCACAGCCUCAAUCUGCCUGAACAAUUUUCCAGAAUACUUUAUUAAAGUUAUUUCCCAUGCCCCUUCAGUGCUAUGCUGUCGCUGUACCCCCUCCACCAAGGCAGAGCUUGUUAGGUGGGUUAAGAAGGUUGGUAAAAAGAGGACUUGCGCCAUUGGUGAUGGAGGAAAUGACGUGCCUAUGAUACAGGAAGCUGAUGUAGGAGUGGGUAUUGUGGGCAAGGAGGGAUUGCAGGCGAGCUUGGUAGCUGAUUAUUCUAUUCAUCAAUUCAGUUUUUUGGGCAGGCUGCUACUGUGGCAUGGAAGGAAUUGCUACAAGAAAUCGGCUACACUCACAAACUUUAUUUUCCAUCGCGGGAUGAUCAUCAGUGUUAUUCAAGGCAUCUUUUCAGCCAUGUACUUUUACAUGCCUUUGUCAUUCUUUCAGGGAUGGCUGCAAAUCGGGUUUUCGACAUAUUACACCAUGAUGCCCUUAUACUGCCUAGUGCUGGACUCUGAUAUUGCUGAAAGCGUUGUAUUGAUGUUUCCAGAGCUGUACGAGAACCUGAGGAGUGGACGCAUAUUGUCCAUUAAAACCUUCUUGAUUUGGUUUUGGAUAUCCAUCUUUCAGGGAGCUGUUGUGAUGUUGGGUGCUAUGGCCCUAUUUGAAGAUUCGCUCCUUUCCCUUGUGGCAAUAGUGUGCACAUCACUCUUCAUCUUAGAAAUGUUAAAUAUAUCUGCUGAAAUUACAACUUGGCAUCCCCUGAUGAUCGUUUCGAUUAUUUGUACCGUUCUGGUAUAUUUCUAUUCCAUCCUAAUACUGCGUAAUUACUUUGACCUCGCGUUUAUAAUGACAAUUUCGUUCUGGUGGAAGGUCUUGGCUAUUACACUAGCUGCCUGGCUGCCAAUGCACCUUGUGAGGGUUAUCAAGACUAUGCUACAACCGUCUCAGUAUGCUAAACUAGAACUGUGA